CUGAUUGCUCGGCAGCUCCCUCUCGACCAAACCGACUACUCGUAGGGUUUUAGGAGCCAGCACGCCGCCGCCGCCGCCGCCGCCGCUAGAUUCUCGCAAGCGGCGAUGGCCAUGGCACGGCGUUCCGCCUCCCGCCUCCUCUCCUCGUUCCGCCCCUUCUCGCUUCUCCUCCAACCGCUCGAUGACGCCCCCUCGCUUGCGGCCGCGGCGGCGGCCGCGUCGGCCCGCCGGGGGAUGUCUUCGGCGUCGGCGCUGCGGGCGCGGGACGAGAAGGAGGUAGCGCGGUGGCGCGAGUCGAUGGACCGGAUGCGGAACAUCGGAAUCUCCGCGCACAUCGACUCCGGGAAGACGACGCUGACGGAGCGGGUCCUGUACUACACCGGUCGGAUCCACGAGAUCCACGAGGUGCGUGGCCGCGACGGCGUGGGCGCGAAGAUGGACUCCAUGGACCUCGAGCGUGAGAAGGGCAUCACCAUCCAGUCCGCUGCCACCUACUGCACCUGGAAUGGAUACCAGGUUAAUAUCAUCGAUACUCCAGGUCAUGUGGAUUUCACCAUUGAGGUUGAAAGAGCGCUUCGUGUUCUUGAUGGUGCUAUACUUGUGCUAUGUAGUGUUGGUGGUGUACAAAGUCAAUCAAUUACUGUUGAUCGGCAAAUGAGAAGAUAUGAAAUUCCAAGGGUUGCAUUUAUCAACAAGUUGGAUCGUAUGGGGGCUGAUCCAUGGAAAGUUCUCAGCCAGGCACGUUCCAAACUUCGGCACCACAAUGCAGCUGUACAGGUGCCUAUAGGAUUAGAAGAAGAGUUUGAAGGCCUUGUGGAUCUUGUGGAGCUGAAGGCUUAUAAGUUUGAGGGUGGUAGUGGCCAGAAUGUUGUUGCAUCUGAUAUUCCAUCCAACAUGCAAGACUUAGUCAUGGAGAAGCGACGUGAACUUAUUGAAGUUGUUUCUGAAGUAGAUGAUCAACUUGCUGAAGCUUUUCUCAAUGAUGAACCGAUACAAGCUAAUGAACUCAAGGCAGCUAUCCGAAGAGCAACAGUAGCACGGAAGUUUAUACCAGUUUACAUGGGAAGUGCAUUCAAAAAUAAGGGUGUCCAGCCGCUUCUUGAUGGUGUGCUUGACUAUCUACCUUGUCCAAUGGAAGUUGAAAACUAUGCACUUGAUCAAAACAAAUCAGAAGAGAAGGUUUUAUUGGCUGGAACUCCUGCUGAGCCACUUGUGGCAUUAGCAUUUAAGCUGGAGGAAGGUCGGUUUGGUCAACUGACAUAUCUAAGAAUCUAUGAUGGGGUUAUACGGAAGGGUGACUUCAUUUACAAUGUGAAUACAGGGAAGAAGAUCAAGGUUCCUCGCUUGGUAAGGAUGCACUCCAACGAGAUGGAGGAUAUUCAAGAAGCACAUGCUGGCCAAAUUGUUGCUGUCUUUGGUGUUGAUUGUGCAUCAGGUGAUACAUUUACAGAUGGAUCGGUGAAAUACACGAUGACUUCCAUGAAUGUCCCAGAACCCGUGAUGUCCUUGGCCGUCUCCCCUGUAUCUAAAGAUUCUGGAGGACAAUUUUCAAAGGCUCUGAAUCGUUUCCAGAAAGAGGAUCCUACGUUCCGUGUAGGUCUGGAUCCAGAAAGUGGAGAGACAAUUAUUUCUGGGAUGGGUGAGCUGCAUUUGGAUAUCUAUGUUGAACGUAUCCGGAGAGAGUACAAGGUUGAUGCAAAGGUUGGGAAACCUCGUGUGAACUUCAGGGAAACUAUCACUCAGCGCGCUGAAUUUGAUUACUUACACAAAAAGCAAUCUGGCGGCCAAGGUCAAUAUGGACGAGUUUGUGGGUACAUUGAGCCUCUUCCAUCAGGAUCAGAUGGUAAAUUUGAGUUUGAUAACAUGAUCAUUGGACAAGCAGUUCCUUCAAACUUCAUACCAGCAAUUGAGAAGGGUUUUAAGGAAGCUUGCAACUCGGGUUCAUUGAUAGGGCAUCCUGUGGAGAACAUUCGAAUUGUGCUGACUGAUGGUGCUUCACAUGCAGUGGAUUCCAGUGAACUUGCUUUUAAAUUAGCUUCUAUCUAUGCUUUUAGACAGUGUUAUGCUUCUGCUAGACCUGUAAUAUUGGAACCGGUAAUGAAGGUGGAACUAAAAGUUCCUACAGAGUUCCAGGGGACAGUAACCGGUGACAUGAACAAGAGAAAGGGUAUCAUUGUUGGAAAUGAUCAGGAAGGCGACGACACAGUUGUGGUUUGCCAUGUUCCACUAAACAAUAUGUUUGGAUAUUCAACGUCUCUUCGGUCAAUGACACAGGGGAAAGGUGAAUUUUCGAUGGAGUAUCUGGAGCACAAUACCGUAUCACAGGAUGUACAGAUGCAACUAGUGAAUACGUAUAAGGCCAGCAAGGGGACAGAGUGAUACAGAAAAAUGGAAAUAGUUUCACUUAGUUAACGUUGCAUUUUGUGGCCCUUAAUGAUGAACUAGGACAUCACUAAUAUAUAGAGUGAUUCUUCUAGAUUACAUAAACAAUUUUUGGUUUCAUCAGUUUAUAUGUUAACAUUGUAUUUUACGGCCCUCUGUGAUAAGGCAGGGCAUUCACUAAUAGGUAGUAUUUGUUACAUGGGUUUCUUGAUACGGCAAUGGAGUUGUGAUGCAAUAAUGUGAACAACGUAUGCGCAAACGUACGUGAUGAUCGAACUAGGGAAAGUUAUGUUG